CUUCAUUUCAUAAACGGAAUCCGUGCAAUUGCAUUUUAGAACCGCAACUUUAGCAUCGUGAUAUGCGAUGCUUUCUAUCAAGGGUUUGGGUCGUGCGCGACAAAAUGCACUUCCUUGGCUGAGUCUGCAUCGCAGCGGAGCCGCUAUGUUUCCGUUCCAAGCAGAUAUGGCGCGAGGUAUCGACAGCUAUUACAACAGCAUUACAGCCACCCUCAAACGCGGAUCGAUAUCCAGUAUGGGGUUCCGAGUAUUGGGCAGGGGGAACUAUAAGUGGAUGGACAAGGUUGCCGGAAUAGGGUGUGGACGGUGUGGAUGGCCUGGCGGUCUACCGGGGUCCGGCUCUCGACACGGAGGGGUGCCGCAAGGCUUGGCCCGGAGCUCCUGAGAAGAUUCUCAAGACGAACAGAGAGGUGAAUGAGAUGGCCGAGAGAUGGAAGACGAACAUAGUAAAAUCAAGGUAAGAGAACAGCUUGAGUGAGCUUCUCGGGUUGGCUUGCUCGGAUGGCAAAGUUCAUCUGACAAUGCACAAUCCAAAGCAAUCUGGCCGCUUUGCCAGCUACGAAUAUCCUCUCCACAUGUUCAUUAAUCAUCUGCUCAAGCGUAGCAUGCAGGCCUAGUGUCUCCAAGGGUCACUUCUUCUUUAACUAGUGUCUGAGCUGACUGUUCUCUGAUUUGGGGUCCAGAAG